CACAACAGUCCGCUCUAACAAAUGAAAGGAUGGGGGGCACCAGCAGCAGCAGCAGCUGAGUUCAGAGAAACUGGAUCAGGGGUUGAGGGGAAAGGACUGCUUUCUGCUCACCCUUGGGUGACUUCUGUUGGAUUUAUUCCCCGGUCCACACCAACAUGCCAUUUGCCAAACGAGUCGUGGAACCCCAGUUACUGUGCAGGUAUCAAACCCCAAACGAGGAGGGUCUGCUUUUCGAGGAUCUGGUCUCCAUCAGUAAUGUGGCUCUAUCUCGGACCUUGCGGCAGCUGUCGGACCUGGCUAAACAUGCCUGCUCCGUAUUCCAGGAGCUGGAAAACGACCUCACCGCCACCAGCCUGCGGGUCAGGGGGCUGCAGAGUAAGAUCGGCCGCCUUCAGCAGACCUGCUCCGAGCUGGACCCCAAACAGGAGGCAGUGCCGGUAUCAAACCUGGACGUGGAAAGUAAGCUGACGACCCAUUACCAAGCCCCCUGGCACCAGCAGAGGAACGUUUUCCACCCCUCCACACGGCCAGCAUGUGUAGAAGAGCUCCACAGGCAAGCCAACCUCAGCCUGUGGGUCCUGCACCGAGAUCACCAGAGGAGGCGACCAGGCAGCAAGGAGCGGAGGGUAACGAUCUCAAUCUCGGCAGUGCCUCCAAUGCCCAUGUACCCCUCCCCUCACAUCGCGCAGAGACAAGAAAAGGGGGGCACAGAUUUGACAACGUUUGAAUCCACCCGCUCCUCCUCCCCCACCGAAUGUUGCCGCCUCUCUCCCUGGAGCAGAAAGGCUGCGCCCUCUGACCCCGACUAUGACGGGGUGGCUCUAGGUCACCGGUCUAAGUUUCCCAUCCCUAACAUCCCCUCCACUCUGGACAAGCAGACUAACUGGUCUAAAGCCCUGCCACUGCCCACUCCAGAGGAAAGAAUGAAAAGCAAUUCCCAAGUCAUCACCUCAUGUGUCAUCCCCAUAAACGUGACCGGGGUUGGCUUUGACAGAGAUGCUAGUGUGCGCUGCUCACUCGUUCACUCGCAGUCUGUGCUUCAGAGGAGGAGGAAGCUGAGAAGACGGAGGACUGUCGCUGGCGUUCCCAGACAGGUGCAGCAAGAUUUAGACUCUGAUGACUCUCCAGGUUCCAGAGAGCGGACAGUGAUAGUUCACGCCAGUCCAAAUAUCAUGCCCUCCAAUGAGGAGCUGGCCAGCCAUCUCAGCACCAGAGACUCUGGUUGCCAGACAGAAGACUUUCUGAUCUCAGGAGCACCGUCUAGGAGGAGGAUCAGGGCCCAGAGAAUCCAGGGAGUCUCCAUCUCCCUCUCUCACUCCGCGGGCAACAUCUCCUCCUUGCCGGACAACACUGACGCCAUGUUCACUGCCUCUGUGGGUGCACGCCUGCGCUCCAGGAGUCUGCCCCGAGACGGGAGCCGGAUGAUAAACAACGGGCAUAAUGACAGCGACGACGAGGAGGAGCUUUCCCCCUUCGACACUGAGGACUUCCUGCCUGGACCUGGGGAGUUGAUUCUGAAGGAUGAAGAAGAGAGCACAGAUGACCAGGCCAUGUCUAAACACCAGCUGGGCCUGAAGUAUAAGCAGCUCUCGGAGAGACCGGAGCGCAGCUGGAUGGAGAGGACCAGGUCCCAGCUGCCCAGGAAGGCCGACAUGGGCAGCUGUGAGAUCUCAUCCAGUUCAGACACCUUCAGUAGCCCUGUCCACUCCGUCUCAGCUGCAGGGGUGCUGGGAAGCCAGAUGGACCAUAAGGAGGACCACCAGUCUUCUAGCGGCAACUGGAGUGGAAGCAGCUCCACCUGCCCCUCACAGACCUCAGAAACAAUCCCCCCUGCAGCUUCUCCACCACUGACCGGCUCCUCACACUGUGACUCUGAGCUCUCCCUAAAUGCUACUACUCACACCAAUGAAGACCACACCGGCUUCAUACUGGACCACUACCAGGGUCUCAGGACCCAGCGGGCAGGCUCCUUCUCCUCCACAGCUAUGGACAUAUUAGAGGAAGCGGGGGGCAGCACUCCCAUUGAGCGGGAAUGGAGUUACCCCCACCCUGAGCCUCCACGCUCACAGGACUUCAGCCCUGAGCCGAGCAGAGAAGCUGAGAGCAGCCUGGGCUGCCCGAGCUUCACCAGCAUGGCCACCUGUGAGAGCAGCUACUCUGACAAGCCGCUGUCAGAGAAGGCAGACACCGUGUCACACUACUCUGUGGACACCGAAGGGUACUACACAUCCAUGCACUUUGACUGUGGUCUGAAAGGUAGCAAAAGCUUCACUUAUAACUAUGCAGCCUUGGGCUCUGAUUGUGGCCUGUCUGACUUAAGUGGUCACAUGACUCUAGGGAGACGCUGCCUCUCUUUAAGAAAACCAAAGGUGAAGCCGUCUCCGCCUAGGAGGAGUUCAUCCUUAAGGAAAAUAUGCAGUGAGGGGAACAUCCCUGACAAGGAGGAACCAAAGAUUACAUGUGGGCAGCAACUUCCACUGUCUUCCAGGGAGAGGAAACUGCAGCUGGUUUUGUCUGGCUCUCCAUGUCAUAUAGAAAACUCUUCAUUCGCCAGAGAGCCCCUCGUGAUCUGGGGGGUGGAGGGCUCAGCGGAUCUACCCGACUUAGGUGUUUUUAGCUCCACAGAUGCACAUUCAUUUAAGGAUGAGGGCGUCGUACAGUCAGACUAUGCAGAUCUGUGGCUGCUGAAUGAUUUAAAAUCCAGCGAUCCUUACCGAUCUCUGUCAAACUCCAGCACGGCUACAGGUACAACUGUUAUCGAAUGCAUCAAGUCGCAGGAAAGCUCAGAGUCCCAGACAUCCCAGUCUGGCUCCAGAGCCACCACUCCCUCACUUCCAUCAGUAGAGGGUGAGUUUAAGCUAACCUCUCCGGAGAAGCUGGCAGGCCUGGCCAGCCCAUCCAGCGGCUACUCCAGUCAAUCAGAAACCCCCACCUCCUCGUUCCCCUCCGCCUUCUUUCCUGGACCGUUGUCACCAUCCAGCGGCAAGAGGAAGCCCAAAGUCCCAGAGAGGAAGUCGUCUCUUUCAUCGCUGUCACUGCAGUCGCUUCCCUGCAGGGAUGGAGCCACUUCUAAGAGAGACCUGGAGCUGCCGAUAAUCCCCCCUCCCCACCUCGAUUUAAGUGCCCUUCAUAGUGUCAACAAGCCCUCGGCUUACAGGACCCAGAUUCAAAUCCUUCACCAAAACAAACAAAAAGCUGCAGUGUUAGCCAAAGCUGCAGCACCCCCUAACUCAGAGGUGUUUAAUGUGCACGCCAUGUCCAUCACCCCCACAGUGCUACACUCAGUACAACUCCGAUCCAUCAGUAAAGACACUGAAGGAAGUCACGAAGACAAAACAACUUCCAAACCGAAAUGUCCCACAGUGAACUUAAAAAGCCCACUUUCAAGUAGUAAAUCAUUCGAGCUUAAGAGUCCAAUGUUGUACAACUCACACACAUGUGAAUCAGCGUUUACCUCAAAUGAAGAGCUCGCAUGUGGACAAGUAGCGUGUCCGAGUGAGACGAGGAACAAGCAGGACGGAGGGGCUCCUUUAGAGAGCGCGACAGCAUACAGGCCGCAGUCGGAGCCAUCAGUAGACGUCCGUGAGACGACCACUAGUCAGGAAGGAGAGGCGUGCAGAGAGUCAGUGAGGACAUCCGACUGCUCUGGAGACUGCAGCUCGCAGUCAGAGCCUUUACUACAGCAAAGAACUGAGCCCUCUGAAGAACAAACGUGUUCUACUCCCCCCGUUCUGCACAGUUCACCCCAGACAUCCAACAGUCUUGAUAAAGUGCCUGCUACUGACGGUCAGUCGGAGUUGUUGCAAGUGAGUCCAAUCAGUUCUGAAAGUUGCACAGAAGAGCAAUAUGAGUCAUCAGGUGUUUCAGCCGAAAGUGCCUCUCAGGACGGCAAGGAGGAGUCCACACUGGAGACGGAGGAUUCCUUCAGUAAAGCAGACUCUACUCCCAGUGACAGUGCAGUGUCCCUGCUGAGUGAUGAGUCAAGGCCAGAGGAUGACAGUGUGUUUCUGUCACCCACCAAAACUCGCACCACUGAGGAUCUGUUUGCUAUGAUACACAGGUCCAAAAGGAAAGUGUUGGGUAGGAAGGACUCCACAGAGUUGGGUGUGAGGAACCGCCUCGUUGCUGCAUCGGGGAACACACCACCCAGCAGUACAACGAGCUCCCCGGUCUCACUGGUGUCACCCUCCUCCGCUGUGACCCCACCAGGCCUACACAGAGUCCCCGGGCCCAUCUACAGGAAUGCAAAGAAGUCCAGCACCUCCAAUGAGGAGUUCAAACUGCUGCUGCUUAAAAAGGGCAGCCGCUCGGACUCUAGUUACCGCAUGUCAGCUACAGAGAUCCUCAAGAGCCCCAUCGCUCCUAAAUCUCCUGGAGAUGCUCUGACGGAGUUGCCCAGACAGCCUGAGGAGCUUGCCUCCCCCCUGCAACAACAGCAGCAUAAUUCAGGACCAGAUCAGCUCUCCAGCCCCUACCCCAAAGCCAACACUGAGGGCUUCUCCCCGAAAUCCUUCCCCACAUCUGCUGCUUCCAGGCAGGGCCGCUCCAGAAUCCCCCCGCCCGCCAACAGCAGCCGCUACGGCAUGCGCAGCAGACUGUACUCAGCUCCCAUGCAGGCCAUUUCUGAGGGCGAGACGGAGAACUCAGAUGGAAGUCCUCAUGAUGACCGCUCGUCACAGGGCUCCACGUAGAAAACAGAGUAGAAGUGUCAAAAGGUAUGAAAUUAUUUUGCUAGUUUACAGAUAAAACAAAUCGACCAGAUUGAGUUAUAAUAUAUAUGAGAUGUGGUGAGGGGAGGAGCAUUGAUGAGGUUAAUUUAGUACAAAGAAAAUAAGAGAAAAAUGCUAUACCUGUGUUCGAAAAUAUAUUAUACAUAUAGUAUUUCUAAAAAUCACUUCAUGAAAUGAAUAGUUAGAAUAAGAAUCAGGGAACCAGGUUAUUUAGCAACUGCAUUUUGUAGAAAAUAUGAUUUAUUCACAGAAAUUAGGGGCAAAACAUUAUUCCAGUUCAGUUCUACAGAAACAACAGGUUUAAACAUAUUAUUUGGUUAGUGUACAGCACAUUGCCCAAAGCCAUAUAUGAAACCCAACUGACCCCCCAGCCCUAAUAGAGUAUAUUAAUGUUUAAUCUUAGCUGUUCUGCUGACAAAAACGCUCUGAAAUUGACAUUUUUUAUCAAUAUCUUUUGAAAAUACACAAAUACUGUAUAUUGUGUUAACUGUAUGUAUUCUAUGAAUACCUAUGCAAUUAGACACACAAUUUGUACAUUUCCUCAAGCCAGUUACACCAAACUUAUCAUGAUACCCCCAACGGAACAUCAGGACUAACGCUGUGUGAGAAACAGCAGAAGAAAACAUUGUGACGCCUCAGUGCGUCUAUUCAAAUUGCUGGACAACACUAUUUGAUGUGAUGUGUUUGUAUAUUUUCCUCAGUCCUUUUUUAAAAGCAUGUAGUAAAUUAUAUCAAAGAUAUAAAGCACAUUAUUACAAGAUUUUAAAAUUCUCAUGCAAUAACAUGAAUAACCAGAGGUGAGGCAGGAAAAGUCAGAGCCAAGCACAAACUUGACAAUCUUGGGAGACAAGAAGAGAGCAGGUGUUAACAUGGGAGAUGAAAAAGUGAUCAAAAAGUUGGCGGUGGUGAAAUAGUAGAGCUGUAAGAGAAUAAGGAAGUCAUAUGUUUAAGAAGAAAAACAUAAUAAUGGUCAUUUCUGGUUCGCUGACUUGGUGUGUUUACGAAUUGUUGAAAGAGGCAAGUGGAAAGUGUUCAGGAGGAUCAAAUAUACCUUAUUUUACUCAGCAAGAGACAAUAAGUGACAAAGCAGCUUUGGGCUUCAGCAAGUUGAGUGUUUUUAUGAGAUUUCUCAGUUUUGAUGGAGGAUGUAGGGUUAAAUUUAGAGCCAGGUUAUCGUCUGGGAUGAAAAGAAGAAGUUCUGGAUUCGGGGAUGUGGCAUUUGCUGCUAUUUUGUACCAGAUGAUGAUCUAUUUUAUCCCCCAUCAAAAAAAAAUAACUUUCAUAUUUUCUGUGUCUGAACAAUCGAAAUAUAUUUAUUUUUAUAUCUGACACCGAAAAACUCUGAAAAACGCUCCCUGAUUUGGUUUACACCAUGAAUCAACCUAAAACUGAAAUCUUAAUUUCUGAAUGAAAGUAUGCAAUGAAUUGCUGGUAUUUUUUCACAUAUUUUAUUCAAAUACUUAUUUUGUUUAUAAGAGACAAAUUUUAAAUCGUAUUUGAGACACUGGUUGCCGAGACAAAUAGGAAAGCAACUCAUUAAAUGUCAUUACAGGAUGGCAUGAACAUUCAUAAGCUAGAAGAAAGGUUAUAGCUGUAACCCUGUCACUCUGAAGCUGUUUUUUUUUUUUCUUUUUUUUUUUUGGUUCCCAUAUAUUCACAAAGAUUUUACAAGUAAAUUGUGUUUAUUGCAGUGAUGAUACUCAACCAUUAUGCAAAGUUGACGGAGUCUAUCUAGCCAUAUUACCGUAUGGAAGACUGUUCUUCACCUUGGUACACUGUAAAUAUCAACUUCAUUUUGGCCUUAAUAAUGAUACUCCAUACUAAUGCAAUUACAUAUAACAGGGUACACAAAGGGUAAAGUCUGUGAGCCUUCAUUCCGACUUUUUUUUUUUUUUUUGCACUGAUAAAGUGAUGUUUGUGAAGAUUCAUUAGUCUCUUGCUAUACCUGGAGAUAUUUAUAGACCUUUACAUGGAGCUGUUUGACUUCCCUUUGAAUAAUAUUCACACUCUGAGUACACUUUAGGAGUGGAGUAGAUGCUUCUGCCAAAGGCUAGAACAUGUACAUGUUAGUGGCAUUGAACUGUUUUUCUCUUCUUGUUUACUUGACUCAAACGUUCUUAAAAACACAAACCAAUAGUACAGAACAACGACAGCCUAACUUAUGGUACUAGAUACAUUUCAUUUCAGAUCAACCUCUAUAUAGUAAGCCGUAGGUGUCAGCUUGGUAUUUUUUUUUUGUACAAAAGAUUGUAAAUACAAUAACUUUUUGUCACAAAGGUUGUUGAAUUGUUUCUUAUGUAAAAAAUGUUUUCAAAGUUUACAUUAAUUUCAAACCUUUGUAUAUUUUUGAGCUGUGGAACACUUUGUCUUGUAUUUAUUUUUUAGUAAGCAUUGUGGAAAUCCCAUAGUAAAUCCUAUCAAAGCCAACUGCUAGCACAACAGGCUGCUUAGCAAAUGUGUAUAAAAAGACCAAUAAAUGUGACUGCUCUGAAAAUGACUUUUGCUCUGUGG